AUGUUGCAGUACCGCUGUGUUGACAACUUCCUGAGUAACUACAAACAGAGAAUUGGCCAACUGUGGGAGUUAAAACCCAACCUCAUAGACCUACUAUCCCAGCCCAGGCUGAAGCACUGCCACGUGGCCAACACCAUGCCCACUCUGUGCCAACACCCUGCCCACUCUGUGCCAACACCAUGCCCACUCUCUGCCUCUGCUAAACUCCUCUCCUUCUCCCUCUUUCUUCUCUUUCCUCCACAGAGAGAGAGAGAGACAGAGAGAGAGAGACAGAGAGAGAGAGAGACAGAGAGAGAGAGAAAGACAGAGAGAGAGAGACAGAGAGAGAGAGAGACAGAGAGAGAGAGACAGAGAGAGAGAGACAGAGAGAGAGAGACAGAGAGAGAGAGAGAGACAGAGAGAGAGAGACAGAGAGAGAGAGAGACAGAGAGAGAGAGACAGAGAGAGAGACAGAGAGAGAGAGACAGAGAGAGAGAGACAGAGAGAGAGAGAGAGAGAGAGAGAGAGACAGAGAGAGAGAGACAGAGAGAGAGAGACAGAGAGAGAGAGACAGAGAGAGAGAGAGACACAGAGAGAGAGAGAGAGACAGAGAGAGAGAGACAGAGAGAGAGAGAGAGAGAGAGAGAGAGAACAGAGAGAGAGAGACAGAGAGAGAGAGACAGAGAGAGAGAGACAGAGAGAGAGAGACAGAGAGAGAGAGACAGAGAGAGAGAGAGACAGAGAGAGAGAGAGACAGAGAGAGAGAGAGAAACAGAGAGAGAGAGAGACAGAGAGAGAGAGACAGAGAGAGAGAGAGAAACAGAGAGAGAGAGACAGAGAGAGAGAGACAGAGAGAGAGAGAGACAGAGAGAGAGAGAGACAGAGAGAGAGACAGAGAGAGAGAAAGAGAGAGAGAGACAGAGAGAGAGAGAGAGAGACAGAGAGAGAGAGACAGAGAGAGAGACAGAGAGAGAGAGACAGAGAGAGAGAGACAGAGAGAGAGAGACAGAGAGAGAGAGAGACAGAGAGAGAGACAGACAGAGAGAGAGAGACAGAGAGAGAGAGACAGAGAGAGAGAGAGAAACAGAGAGAGAGAGAGAACAGAGAGAGAGACAGAGAGAGAGAGAGAGACAGAGAGAGAGAGAGACAGAGAGAGAGAGACAGAGAGAGAGAGAGACAGAGAGAGAGAGAGAGAGACAGAGAGAGAGAGAGAGAGACAGAGAGAGAGACAGAGAGAGAGAGAGAGAGAGAGAGAGAGAGAGAGAGAGAGAGAGAGAGAGAGAGAGACAGAGAGAGAGAGAGACAGAGAGAGAGACAGAGAGAGAGAAACAGAGAGAGAGAAACAGAGAGAGAGAGACAGAGAGAGAGAGAGACAGAGAGAGAGAAACAGAGAGAGAGAAACAGAGAGAGAGACAGAGAGAGAGAGACAGAGAGAGAGAGAGACAGAGAGAGAGAGAAACAGAGAGAGAGAGACAGAGUGACGUCUCAUGUUUCUUUAACACCGCUGCACCUCGACAGAGCGAUGCAACUAGGAGAUAAGCUUUAAACGUCAGCAUACCGACGUCAUUGUAAAUAAGAAUUUGUUCUUAACUGACUUGUCUAGUUAAAUAGAGGUUCAAAAUGAAAAAUGUGGAUGUAUAAUGUCAACAGAUGAGCCAACAUAAUGGAGCACAGCUAAAAUAGGUUAGCAGUUACCACCACAGCCCAGCCUGCUGUGUCUCAAGCUAAUCUGAUUUAGUCAACCACAGUGAAACAACAACCAUUUGAGGGUUACUCUGACAAUUCAGAAACAUUGUUCCAAGCUCACACCACAGCUAUUUAUUGAGGGUGAAAUAAAGGGGUGUGAGAAAGUAACUAAUUAAAACAGAUCAUUGAUACUCAUCGUUAAGAGCCUAAAGACAUAGUGAUGCAAUUAUGAAAAACCAAGCAUACUGAAGAACAGUGUUCAGUUAGGUUCGUCAUUAGCUGACAAGGUACAAAUCUGUCGUUCUGCCCCUGAACAAGGCAGUUAACCAACUGUUCCUAGGCCGACAUUGAAAAUAAGAAUUUGGUCUUAACUGACUUAUCUAGUUAAAUAAAGGUAAAAUUGAAAAUUAAAAAUGAGACCAUGAAAAAGACACAAGGAAAGAAAACAGGGGAGGUCUUCGCAUGGAACAACCUCACUGGAAUGACUGACUCAUUUUCAGCUCUCACUAACCAUCACAUACACACCAUCUAUCGUUCCACUGACAGUGUGCCAGUGAGAGUGACUUUGGAGCUCUCUACGUUCAGCCACAGCAGCCAUGAUGUCACCACUGCAGAGCUGCUGAUGACUCCAGCAUGUCAUGACUCACCAGGCAGACAGGCACCACUACUUCAUACACACCAUCUGUUUCCCAAAUGACACCCUAUUCCCUACAUAGUGCACACAUUUUGACCACUAUGUAGGGAAUAAGGUGCUAUUUGGGACGUAGACACUCUCCAGAGCCUGGGUCACAGGGUUGGCCCGCCAUGUUGCCUUGUUUCUCUCCAUACAUUCAACACAGACCACAAGUGUUACAGUCACAUCCACACAGAACUCUCUCUGCUUCAUCGACUCCAUUACAAACCAUCUGCCAUGGCUCAAGAAGAUCAUGGUUACUGUAAAUGUAUGAGAGAGAGCAUACAUACAGUAUGUAACAGAACAGAGGUAUACAGCUGUGCAUCUGCCUGCAUGAUGUAUGCAACUGCUAUGCCUGUUGAAUACUCAGCUGGCUCCAUGGAAGCUUCAAGCUGGUUCUUGGAAGAUGAAACCCUUGUGCAUCAACCGGUUUCCACUCUGCCAAGUGGAAACUGGUUGCCCCCAAAAAAGCUUCAUUUCUAUUUAUAGCCUGUUGUAUUGUUACUUCGGACUGGCCGGCGGGGUUCCUACCACAAUCCAUCCCCUUUGUCUGCCUGCUUGCCUAUGCUGCACUCCUCAGUCUUCACACAGGAAGAAGAAACUGCAGAGUGCAGGUUUUUUGACAGGGCCAAAGCAUGGCUCGAGCGCUAUGCUGAUUGCUCUAUGCUGACUUUCACAGAAACAAGUGAGCUCACUGCAAAGCAGAAGAAAGCCACUUCGUUGUGGUCACUAUUUAGUGCACUAUCAAAAGUAGUGAACACUAUAGGAUGCCAAUUGGGAUGCAACCAUAGACUUGCCUCAGGAGGAGAGAACAGAGUGCUGUUAGAUGUUGAUAAGUAAUUUAGCAUCGAAGUCACUGUCUGGUCCUCCGUGACAGGAACCGCCCAGCAUGCAAAGACAAUGAUUAUGAUCAAAUAGAAAACAUGUCACUAGUGAAGAAGAAACAGAAAGACAGUGAGAAAGAUGGAUGGAUAACUGCUCAGAACAGUUACAUGUACAGUUGAAGUCGGAAGUUUACAUACACCUUAGCCAAAAACUCAGUUUUUCACAAUUCCUGACAUUUAAUCCGAAUAAAAAUUCCCUGUUUUAGGUCAGUUAGGAUCACCACUUUAUUUUAAGAAUGUGAAAUGUCAGAAUAAUAGUAGAGAGAAUGAUUUAUUUCAGCUUUCAUCACAUUCCCAGUGGGUCAGAAGAUUACAUACACUCAAUUAGUAUUUGGUAGCAUUGCCUUUAAAUUGUUUAACUUGGGUCAAAUGUUUCAUGUAGCCUUCCACAAGCUUCCCACAAUAAGUUGGGUGAAUUUUAUCCCAUUCCUCCUGACAGAGCUGGUGUAACUGAGUCAGGUUUCUAGGCCUCCUUGUUAGCACACGCUUUUUCAGUUCUGCCCACAAAUUUUCUAUAGAAUUGAGGCCUGGGCUUUGUGAUGGCUACUCCAAUACCUUGACUUUGUUCUCCUUAAGCCAUUUUGCCACAACUUUUGAAGUAUGCUUGGGGUCAUUGUCCAUUUGGAAGACCCAUUUGCAACCAAGCUUUAACUUCCUGACUGAUGUCUUGAGAUGUUCCUUCAAUAUAUCCACAUCAUUUUCCUCCCUCAUGAUGCCAUCAGAACAGAGGACAUUCCUCCAAAAAGUAUGAUCUUUGUCCCCAUGUGUAGUUGCAAACCAAGUCUGGCUUUUUUUAUGGCGGUUUUGGAGCAAUGGCUUCUUCCUUGCUGAGCGGUCUUUCAGGUUAUGUCGAUAUAGGACUCGUUUUAUUGUGGAUAUAGAUACUUUUGUACCUGUUUCCUCCAGCAUCUUCACAAGGUCCUUUGCUGUUGUCUGGGAUUGAUUUGCACUUUUCGCACCAAAGUGUGUUCAUCAAUAGGAGACAGAACGUGUCUCCUUCCUGAGCGGUAUGAUGCCUGCGUGGUCACAUGGUGUUUAUACUUGAAUACUAUUGUUUGUACAGGAACGUUGUACCUUCAGGCAUUUGGAAAUUGCUCCCAAGGAUGAACCAGACUUGUGGAGGUCUACAAUUCUUUUUCUGAGGUCUUGGAUGAUUUCCUUUGAUUUUCCCAUGAUGUCAAGCAAAAAGGCACUGAUUUGAAAGUUAGGCCUUGAAAUACAUCCACAGGUACACCUCCAAUUGACUCAAAUGAUGUCAAUUAGCCUAUCAGAAACUUCUAAAGCCAUGACAUAAUUUUCUGGAAUUUUCCAAGCUUUCCAAGGCACAGUCAACUUACUGUAUGUACAUUUCUGACCCACUGGAAUUGUGAUACAGUAAAUUAUCAGUGAAAUAAUCACAAUCUCAUAAUGUCCUAACCGACUUGCCAAAAAUAUAGUUUGUUAACAAGACAUUUUUGGAGUGGUUGAAAAAUGAGUUUUAAUGACUCCAACCUAAAUGUAUGUAAACUUCCAACUUCAACUGUAUAAAGACAGUAAGAACACAUAUAUGUGCACUCUGUGACACCAGAUCAACCUACUGGGUGACUUUCUGGGCUGACCUGCACAGAGCUUUAGCUUGCAGCAUGGAGAAAGGGAGAGAGAGAGGGACAGAGAGAGAAAGUGAGGAGAGGACUGUGGGAGGGAGAGCGAGAGUAGAGAGCGAGAGCGACAGAGAGAUCCCAUUAAGUCAAGCCAAAACAUCCUAUGCCUUUUUCACCCCACACAGCCCAGACAGUGAGAGAGUGACACAAUUAGGACACUACUGAAUAUUCUCUUCCUGACUUGGUCACCUGAGAUUUGAGCUAUUGUAGGGGCACUAGGGCCCUGCUGCCUAGCUGGGAGACACUUAUUGUACAGGAGAAACAACAAACACACAGUUGCUAUGAGUGCUCUUUGUAACAUCCUACUUGUAGAGGUAGAAAAGAAAGACAGUGUAGCUGUGGACAGCAGGAGUGCCUGUAGCACAAACUACAGACCAGCGGUGGCCAGCUAUUGUGUGUGUGUGUGUGUGUGUGUGUGUGUGUGUGUGUGUGUGUGUGUGUGUGUGUGUGUGUGUGUGUGUGUGUGUGUGUGUGUGUGUGUGUGUGUGUGUGUGUGUGUGUGUGUGUGUGUGUGUGUGUGUGUGUGU